GGAAAGAACUGGGAGUACUGACCGGUAACAAUAGGUGGACAUAUCGUGUCAUUCGACGUUUUUAUAAGCAGCAAAGCAGAAACAAUGUAAAGGUGGGAACAGUUGUACCUGUCACGUCAAACAAAAAUCGUCUGCUUUGUUCAACAAGUAAUUUGUUUCUUUUAUUUUCACGGUGGCUGUUAUAAGCCGUGACUGGUGUCACACAUUUCAUGUUUUUCCUGUUCAUUUUAUGUUUCAAUCCAAGCCCUUUCAUUUAGUUGUUUGUUAUGGAGCUAAAUUUUUUGAACUUGUGUCAAACCGCCUGGAGGGAGGUUCUAAAUCAUUUGCAAGAUGCAGCGGUUUUCAUUGAUUCAAAGGCUGGGGAAUGCCUUCAUUGGAGUAUAGGAUCUGAAAAUAUUCUGCUUGAAGGUGCUUUAGCCAUCAAAGAAUUAAAUGCGUACAAGUAUUCUCAAGAGCCAAUAGAUAAUGCAGAGAAGGCAGUUUUUUUAACUGCAUCCUCAUAUGCCACGAUUCAGGUGGACUUGUGUGAUAUAAUAAGUCAAAGUUCAUUCCAUUCGAUUACCUUGGUGACUGCCCCUCUCCCAGAACCACAGUUGGCCAUUCCAAAAAUCAAGCACGAUUUGUUACAGUGGAUGAGCAUGAAGAAUAGAAACCUACAGAAUUUGCAUGCAGAUGUCCUCUUGUUUCCUGCUUUUUUUGCUCCAAUCAUUGAAAAUACAAUUAUGCUUCCACCAUUCCGAGACCUGUUCCCUUCCCUUGAUCUGAGUAAGGUCAAGUCCUUUGGAAGCAAGCCAGAAGUUAUCUCUUUAAAAGACCUUGCGACAGCUCAGAGUCUUGCAGUAUUUUUGGACUCCUUGUUCAACCAGAUGGGGGCGGCUGAUGUUGUUUUUAGCAUUGGCUCCCUUAGUGGAGCGGUUGCGUCAGCUCUAGAAGACUUACCCUCUGUCCACCACCGUAGAAAGAUGGGACAGCAUCGCUUAUCAGUUGUAAUAGUUGACCGAACUCUGGAUCUUUGUCUUCCAUCAAGUGUCGACUCAAAAUGUUUUUUAGAUAAAGUGCUUUGUGCCUUGCCUCAUAUUCCAGACCAGACCAAUGAUGUUGCUGUGAAUAUGUCUCAACUUGCCCAGGUCACUGUGGACUCACCAAAUGAUGAAGCUCUUUUUCCAGGGUGCCUUGCUCAUCAGGAUAGCGUGUGUCAGAAUGUCAUCGAAUGGUUUAUUCACAAAAAGGAUCGUGAUAUUCUCAUCAACUUACAUCAGAUUUUACUGAGCAAGUUAUCACCUGGUAAUAAAUUUGCAACUCGUGUAAAACCUGAGGCUUUAGAAAAAGAUGUCCGCCAAUUUCGAGGCAAUUUGGAAAAAAUAGAACAGAAUUGUGGGAUCCUGCAGAUUGCUCUGGCUGUAGUCCAAACUUUAACUGGAGAACAUGCUGAAGAGCUUGAACUUAUUUUAAGCACAGAACGAGUACUAAGGCAAAAUGUUACAACAUCUGCAGAAACUUGUGAAUUGGCUGGCUUAUUGCCCCAGAUCACAAAAUUACUGACUGAGCGGCACAUUAGGGGGCUGAACCUAGAUGCUCUCCUGACAUUGGUUGUUCUCCUGUAUUCAUUGGUUGGUACUGAUUUAACAUUUCCGGUGAGAGAUGAAGUUCAACUGCAAUCUGCAAUCAGUACUGCUCUUUAUGAAGAUCAAGAGUACCCUGGCCUUGUGCAUGAUAUUCUGUUGCCAUUGGAAGCCUCAAAAGAAAAGGUGGAUUCUAUUGCAGCACACAUAUUUUUCAUUUUAAAAGCGGUGUCUCAUACUCGUCGAGAUCUUACUAAGUACAAGACCUUACUCAAAGGACAGGGUGAAUCUGUGCCUGCAGAGUAUACCCCUCUCCUUCAACGUAUCAUAAGAGACAUUGUUGACCCGUCAAAGCCUGUCAUACCUGAUCUUUCAUGCAGGUCAGCUGGGCUGAAGGACCUUCUGAAAAGUGGAUUUAGCAUUUUGUUAAACAAGCAACAAACGACCGUUUCACAACAUCCAUCAGAACAACCAAACCUAUUAUUCCUGGUGUUGGGCGGAAUUACUGGAGGAGAAAUUCGCUUCAUGCAAGAGGCCUGGGCUAAAUCACCUCAAUUUAAAUCAGGGGGUUCCUUGCUAAUCGCAAGUACACGAUUGAUGAGCCCAAAUGAUACGCUUCGAGCAGUGCUGAAAUCAGCACCUCAGCCCCUGUGACGAAACUUGCCAUUGUGAAGCACAUUGGAAAUAAAUAAAGUCUCAAAUACAUGUUUCUUGG